AUCUGCCAGAAUGUGAAAGCAGCCCUUAACCGAUAAGGUGAUUGGCUCUGCAGAAGUAAUAUGGAAUUUACUGAAAUAUUUAUUCAUUUCCAAUUACUAAUACAUUCUAUUGAAUAAGAAUUAGAUUACAAUUAAAUCUGUAUUAUUUCAUAUAUACUUGGAAUUUCUAUGCGUGAUAAUUUAUUCUUGUUCGCCUCGUCUUCAACAUCUUGUGUUAAUACAUAUCUCAGCCAUAGUCAUUUGUACCGCGCAUCGCUUACUCCGACUUUUAUCAAGUAUUUAACGGCCAGAAAUUCUAUAAUUUUAUAAGUACUUGUGUUACAAUAUUAACAAUAUCAAAUAAUGUCAGAUCUUCAAGUUUGGUUGUAUUCUAUACCAUUAUUUACAAGAUGUUGGUUAUUAGCAACUGUUGCAUUAUCACUUGUCGGACGUUUCUCAUUAAUUUCACCCCAAAUAUUUAUAUUAAUUUAUGACAAUUUUAUAUACAACUUCGAAGUUUGGCGUGCUGUGACAAGUGUAUUUUACUACCCAAUUCAUCAAGGAACUGGAUUUCACUUUUUAAUGAAUUGUUAUUUUUUGUAUCGAUAUUCAUUUAAACUUGAAAGUGAAGAAUAUAGUGGAAGACCUGCCGAUUAUUUAUUUAUGCUCAUUUUCAACUGGAUCUGUUGUCUUAUAAUAGGGUUAAUUGUUAAUCUUCCUCUUUUGAUGGAUCCAAUGGUCCUUAGUAUACUGUAUAUUUGGUGUCAAUUGAACCAAGACAUUAUUAUCAAUUUUUGGUUUGGAAUGCAGUUUAAAGCGAUGUAUUUACCUUGGGUAUUAUGCGGAUUCAACUUGAUAAUUUCAGGAGGUGGAAUACUAGAACUCAUCGGAAUUCUUGUUGGAAAUUUAUACUUUUUCUUAAAAUUCAAAUAUCCUCAAGAAUAUGAUGGUUAUGAACUAUUGAAUACACCUAAAAUUUUAGAAUCUUUUUUUCCAAGUCAAAGAAUAAAUAUUAGAGGUUUUUCACACAAUGUCCAACGAUCAAAUGGAUCGGAAAGAAGGAUAUUCCGAAGUCAUAAUUGGGGACAAGGUCACGUUUUGGGAAAUUGAAAUUUGAACAAUGCUAUAAAAAAUUAUAUAUUGCAUUCAAAGGUAUGAGCCAGAAUGAAUUGGUGUAUCAUAUGUGAACACUCAACUUUUUGGUUCCAAUGUUUAAAAAUUGAAUUUACAAAACAAUUGACAAUGUUAAAUAAAUUUUUCAAAAUUUUUUAAACAACCGAA